AUAUUGUUAUAUAUAAAUAGAUAUAUCGGUAAGUUGUUUUGAUGGUAGAUAUUGUGAAACAAAAGUGAACUAUAUAUUUAUAUUUGAAAAUCAAUGAUAUUAUACUGGGAUAAAACAAAGACAUGAAGGUGAAAAAUAUAUUUUCAAAUCGGAAAAACAAAAAGAAGAAAAAUCUUCAACAAACUUCAUCGGCUGGUGAUGUCAACGCAAGUCAUGGCGACAAGCUAAUUAUAUCUCCAGAUGGUAAUACUUCUGGUAAAGAAAACGAGAUAUUAGACGCAGUGAACAAUAUUAAUUCAGUGACAUCACAGUCACAAGCAGGCGAUAAUGUUGUUGUCCUUCGAUCGAAGGGUAAGAAAGGUUCACGGAAAAGCAGCGACAAAUACGAUCUGGAAAUAACAAAAGACAGAGCUUCUUCAACAUCGUCGAAUAAUUCAGCCAAAGUAAAGUCUCGUCGACCUUGGUCAUUUAUAGAUCAGCUUAGGCGUCAGGAUAGCAGGGAAAGUGCUUACUCGACCUCGUCAUCAGCGCGCACUAGUCAGCUUGUGGAUGAUUUCAUAUCUGUACCACCCGCGCGUCACGAGGAAGAACUGCUUGUAGGCGACUCACCGGCAUUAACAAGGAAACAACGAAGAGCAAGGGACUCUGGGGCGUGUACUUUACCUCGCUCUCUGACACCUGAACGAUUUGAGCAGGUCUCGACGGCAGGCGGAAGAAAGAGUGCGGAUGGAAAUCAAGAUUACGCAACCAAAAGACGAACGAUGGACUUUCGUUUCUUUAAUUUUUUCAAGAGGUCGUCUUCUGGAGAUUCGGCACCUUCAGAGGGUAGCUUGCCUUCAAAUUCUGGGAGGUCAUCUCUUCGAGCCAAAAACAAAGGUAAAAAGAAAGGAAGCAAAAAGAAGCGCGAACCCGAAGAUUUCAAUCAAAGUCACCCAGAAUUCAACUCCCGCAUGAGGAGUUUUAGCGAUACUUCACAAACGAUCACAAAUUUGGACGACGAAACACAAAUACCACCUCCCGGACUUUACGAUAGCGACCCGAAACUUAAUUAUUUAGACGAACGCCCAGAGCCUGACCCAACUGACAAAAGAGUACCAAUUAAUGGGGAGCCGGCUUUCUAUCUGGGUGAUAACACUUCUAAAUCUUCGUUCCAAGAGGCCAAAGGAAAUAAUUUAUCUCGGAAAUAUAUGCGCAGAUCGGAUCCGACUUCCAGCCACAGCAUAUUGAGAAGUCAAACUUCAGAUACAAGCUCCUUAAAUUUGGUACGUUCUACUUCUAAUUCUACGGAAUCGUCUUCAAGACGAUCCAGUACCGUUUGCGAGCCAAGAGAUUCCCCUCUCCCCGAGGAUUCUAUAGCUAGCUUCGAUAGCUCCGCCCUUUUAGCUGCAAGAGCUAAGAAAAUUCACAUGUCCGGUUCUGUACCGCAAAUUCCUAAUCGACUUCAAAAUCAAAGGGUGCAAAGGGCGUUAUCUAAUGAGAUGCCACAAGAAACUGUACCUGACUUCAUUGUGCAGGCGCGAUGUAGUCAGAGCGUAUCUAAUCUUACUGUAGGGAGCAUCCAACCCCAGAUAUCAAUACCCAGGUCAUCUUCAGAUGCCGACAAACCGAAAAAUGGAAGAAGGCUUCCCACGCCUUCACCUCAUCAACAAAAGCAGGACAAAGAUAAUGCUCUCCGUGCAGAGAACAUGAGCACUAGUGCGGAUUUUAUCGCGCCCCCUUCACCAGUAUUACGAGCCAUAGGCUAUCCGCCUGUAGUGUUUAGGCGUAAAAACCAUAAACGAAAUAAUCAAAGACCAAAUUCUGCAUACGCCGAUCAAAGAACUCAACACGUUUUAUCACUCAACAUGGAAGACCUCCCUACUUAUUCCAGAAUGUGGCAUGAAAUGACAAAAAAUGGAAGCCAAUUUCCCUCAUCUGAAGAUAUUUUAGCCGUUCGCGAAAGUGCUGCUUCUACCAAAAGGGGAUCCGGCGGUUCCCAAUACGGCAACACAGCUAGCAGCCGGGCCAGACGCAGGGGUGCCACUUUGUCCGCCUAUGGUCAACGAGCGUCAAUGGGAUUUUCAGUUGCUGCAAGCGUCGACGACCUGGACUCAUUAUCUACUAGUACAUACGGAUCCAAGCAAUCACUAUCGGAUCUACCACGUAUGGACGACGACGAAUUACUAAAUGCGUUUUUAGCAAGAAGCCACGCAUCAACACAUACUUCAUCAGGCAACCUUCGUCAUCAGGAGCCAAGUUCCAAAAGAGCGAAAGCGAUCAGAAAAUCUGUAGUCUCCCUAGCAAAUCUAAUUUCGCCGGGAAAACCAAAUCAGAAAAGCAGCAGCAAGUUACAGCGUUCAUCCAGCUUUAAGGAAUCUGGUUCCGCGGUGUCUUCCAGUACUGCCGCCGUCGCCUCUUUCAAACCUUAUCGACCACCUUCAAACACACCAAAUAAAUUGAAAAAUAAUCGUAGAAGUAAAUUAUGGUGCGAAACAUUCGAUCACACGGGAUUAAACGAAAGACAAAUCAAAUGGCAAGAAGCAAUAUUCGAAUUGUAUCAAGGCGAAAGAGAUUUGGUACAAGAUUUAACCAUGGCAAAACAGACCUAUCGUGAUUCCAUGGUUACCCUGAAAAUGCUUUCCGAUGAAGAAGUCACUUUGAUAUUCGGUAAAUUGGGAUGUCUACUCCCUCUGCACGAGGAGUUACUCAAUAAACUUGAACAAGCGAGGGGAGAAGAUGGGAGAACAUUGUCCAUAGGAUAUAUCUUCGUUGAAUGGUUCCCACGAAUUUCAACCGCCUACCGGGAAUAUUGUGCCAACCAGGCAGACGCAAAGUACGCUCUGGACGCCGCUGUCGAAAGGGAUGCCAGAGUGAGAGACUUCUUGCAGAGGUGUUUGGAGUCGCCAUUCAGUCGAAAACUAGAUUUAUGGUCUUAUCUCGACCUCCCGAGAACGAGACUCGUCAAAUAUCCUCUGCUGUUACAAAAUGUGCUCAAAAGAACUCCGGGAGAUAUGCAAGAGGAGAGGACCAAUUUGGACAAAGUGAUGGAGAUAAUCGGAGAAAUUAUUGAACGAGUUGACGAAACAACAGGCGAACAACAAUGCAGAUACAUAAGAUCAAAACUUGAAUACCUCGACGACAAGCACAAGUCUUCCUUCGUAGAUAACAGUCGUCUUAUGUUAUGCUCAGGACAAUUGAAAAACAAUCGUGGAACGAAAAUGCACGUCUUCCUGUUCGAAGAGGCUUUCGUCUUGACUCGUCAAACGACACGCAGUAACAAGAUUUCCUACCAAGUAUACAGACCACCUCUGCCCUUGCGUAGUUUGAUAGUGGACGCAAACGAAGGCGAAAAACUUAGUGGAUCCUUCAGAGGAGGCAUCUUGAGCUCAGAAAAAGUGAAACACUCAUUCCGCGUGAAGUCAGAAGAAUUAAACGUGUCAUAUACUCUGCAAGCAUCGGAAGAACACGACAGAAAACAAUGGAUAAACGCUAUCCAAGAAGCACUAACAAAAUACAAAGCGAAACAUCCCGAUGCACCGGAGAUAUUGGCGACGCAAAUUUCGAGAAGGCGGGCGACCUAUGACCCUUCGAGCAACGGUGGCAAAAAACAAACGGCUAGAGCAGUUUUGAGAUCGUCCUCGGACAAAAGUAACAGGAGUAUAGCCAGUUCGACAGAUAAGAGUUCUUUGCAAGAGGAAUCGCAGGAAGAAGAUGUUUCAACGACUUCGGAUGAAAUGGGACCUUGGGGUCGCACCAGGAGUCAAACCGUUAACCCGUCGAUUCUCGCUUCCAAAAGCGGCUCAUCCAUUUCAAGAAAGUCAUCAGGAUCUUCCACGAAAAGUGAUAAAUCGACGAAGCAAAAGCAAAAGGAAAGUAAAAAGGAGCUCGACACACAAAAACUGAAAGAAAAGUUGAAGGGGCUAGAACUCGACAAAGACGGUCCACCAUCACCUCUGCGCACCAGUUUCAAAAAGAAAUCUGGAAUAUCAAGGCAUUUCAGUCUUUCUGGUGCCGACAAAUCAGCAAAACCCGUAAUCAGGACAAGAAGUAACGAUGAUGUGGGAAAAGAGAGAAACAAAUGCCAGCGUAGUAGAAGUUUAACAUCUUCUCCGCAGAUGACUAAAUCUACCGCUUCCCGUUUCGGCUCUAAAAAGCACAGUCAAGAUAAGAUUCGCUCAAGUAGUUUAGCGGUGCCCAACUCAGCGAAACCACCUAUUGGACCAACUUCAUCGCCGUAUUCUGUCAGACGAACACCAAGUUUCAACUCGCAGUCAAUCCACGAGGCGCAAUCCACACCUAACUUAACAGCAUUAGCCAGAAGUACGUCGUUCACAUCGAGAAGGUCUUCCACCAGACUGAAUCAACUAGCAGGACAAAAUAAUUGCAGCAGCGUUGGCAAUUUGAGAAAAGGUCUUGGUGGAAAUUCAACGUCAGAAUUGCGUAGUUCCUCUGUCGAAAGAAGGGCGGAGGAAGCGAAAUUAUUACGCAGAGUUCGAAGUCAGGAAAAACCAUCAAGUGAAGGUGAUCAGCCUGAACCAACUGUUCCUUUGUCGCAUGAAUCCGAAUCUACAAGUUCCGACAAAAAUAUCACAGAGGUCGAAGAAACAUCGGCACCCGAAGCGAAAUUUGCAUUGCCAAGAGGUGUUUCGAAUCUUUUACCUAAGUCUGACAUCGCCAUUGUUUGCACACCAGCUACUCCAAAAGACUCUCCCGUGGUUAAAAAUAAGCACGAAGAGGAAGUUGAUGCGUCGAGUACUGUAGAUGAGAUUUUAACAAUCACUGUUCCCGUGGAAGGCGAUGAAACCGUGGUUGAAGAUAACGAAAUUAUAGCCACAAAUGAUGAUUUACAUUCGAGGCAAAAUGCUGUCGAAGAAGAUAUCACUACGAACCAAUCACAUCACUGCGAAACUUGUGAAAAUCCCGAAGUAAAUGGAGACAAAGCCGAUGACGACAUCACAAUUGAAAAAUCUGAACCAAAAGUUGCCGAAUCACAGGAAAAUGACGCCAUCUCCACAAGCGAAGACCAGGAACAUUCCGAUGACAUCGCACCAGCAGCGGACGACGUUACUGAUGCUCAGUCAAUAGACGAACUUAUGGAAGAAUAUCAGGAUUCCGCCGAAGUAGCACUUCCAGCGCAAAACAACGAGGGUGACCUGAUUUCUUUCAAGAAUGAAUCAGAAAUAGACGAAACAACGGAAGAAAUGAACGAGAAAGAUGAGAAUGUUUGUGAAAGAAAUACUCAAGAUGAGAAAGAUUUAGAAGCCGAAGCUCCUGUAGAGGCUGAAAAUAACGAAUGUAAUCUGGAGAGGGAAACUGUUGAUUAUGAAGGAAUUGGAAACGAUGAAGCACUCAGUGAAUUCGUACUUGAGACGGAGCCUUGUCUCUCUCAGGAUAUUCCAGCGAAUUCUACUCAAGAUGAGGAUGUUGUUAUGAAAGACCAGGAGGAAUGUAUUACUACAAAAAAGGAAGUUGAAGAUUGUCAAUCGAUGGAUGAUAAUUUUCUUCAAGAUGUAGAGAUGGAAGAGGAAAUUCAAGAAAUUGCUCAAGAUCAUGUUGAAGACGUUUCCCAUGAAGAAGUUACUCAAGUUGAGGAUGUUCCAAAAGAAGAAUCUGCUCAAGUUGAGGAUGUUUCGAAAGAUUUAUCUACUCAAGUUGAGGAGGUUUCAGAAGAAGGAUCUACUCAAGUUGAAAAUGUUUCGGAAGAAGAAUCCACUCAAGUUGAAAAUGUUCAUAAGGAAGAAUCUCAAGUGGAAGACAUUGUGCAUGGUGAAUCUACUCAAGUCGAGGCUGAGGAAGCAAGUGAUACUUUAGAAGUUGAGCACUCAAAUACCGAAAAUACUAUUCAGGAACCUACCGUCAUUAAUGAUUCUGUGAUCGAAUCAGAAAUUACCACAGAAUUACAUGAACAUGACCAAGUCAUUUUAGAAGACGAAUUAAUGGAAUAUGCAAGCGAUGACCCCGUUGUCGUCUGCCAAACCGAGAGCUGUGAUAUAGAAAAUAACAACGUUGAACAAUCCGACGAUAUAUCUAUUCCCGUUAAUAAAAUCGACGGUUGCUCCAAAAAUAAUGAUAUGGAAACCGAUACGGUUAACUGCUGUAGGACUGAAAUUUCAGACGAAAACAUGAACCAAAUGCAAAAUUUGCAAGCUAGCGUCUGAUGAUUAUUAUUUUAUUUAUCUUUUCUGCGAUUUUUUCGGUUUCUAAGCUUGUCACGUGAUCAAAUUCAUUCGAGCGUGGUUGUAUGACAAGAUUAGGACCGAAUCGAAUUUUAAAUAAGCUAAUUUUUUUUCCUCGUUAGUUCCGAGAUUUUUUGCCAUUAAGGUCGAUUCUCCGCCGGACGGUUGACCUUAAAUUUUGUUUUGUUUUUUUCUUGCUAAUUCUCGAUUCUUAUUCCCUGAUUUUUAUUUUAACUAUUCACGCGAUUGUACUUUUUUCGGUUUAACAAUUUUUAUUAUUAUUCCUGUCGCUUAUCACUCUUAAUAUUAUUCUUAUUAUCAAUUUGGCAUCAUAUUAAAAAGGGUAUGCAACAUUUUUACGGUAUGUUAUAUAACUCCACCUUAUUUUUUUUGUGCGACAAAAAAAGUCGCCUUUUAUUUUUAUCAUCAAGUGUUACUGCAAACCCGAAUUAUUUUCCUUCUUCCGAUCGUUUAUCCAGUUACCAUAGCUGAGAGUUUUCAGCCAAUGUCGAUAUUUUCAGUUCAGUAUGAUGUAUUCUUCAUGUAGCUUCAUGCACUCGCUAUUCAACCUUAUCUAUCAUUCGCACAAUUUGGGAGUGGCGAUUUUUGCAUGAUUUGUGACUGGCUGUCACAAUUAGUUCACGUAGAUUCCAAUUAUUUCUUUUUAUGAAAUGGAUUAUCACGUGGUCACAGCUCAACAUGUUCUUCCCGUAUAUGUUUUGAACUGUUGAAUAAGCACAUUUUGUCGCACUAGAACCAAAUUAGCUUAUGUAAACAUUUUUGGUUUAUUUUGAAAAAAAAAAAUUUUUCUUGUAAUAGUGUGGUUCUAACAGCUUAACCUAAUAAUUGACAUAAGGCACUGCCUGAAAUAAAACUAAAAUAGUUAAAGAUUGUAUUUAAAUGAAGCUUUACCAUUUCGUUAGAUUCAAUUUUAAAAACUUAUAAUAAAAAGUAGAUGUGACUGAGGAAUAUUUCAUUAACUCUAUAUUAAUGCCUGAAAAGUAUUCAUUAUUUAUCGUAUCUUUCUCCGUCUCCGUCCAAUAUUUCUUUUCGAAUCUAUCCUAAUGGACAUGGAAUGUUUCGAUUCAGAAGCCACACAACGUGCCUCGACAAAUGUGGGACAAAACUCCAUAUGGAUUAGAAUGUUGAUUUUGUUUGCGUGGCGUGGCCUUCCAUUAGUCCCUGUCCUUUGAAUAUUUUUAUAUUUCUAGAAUUUUUCGUAUUUGAAAUAAAAUGUGAAAUGAAAUUUC